UGUAACAGUGGCUGCCUCAGUUGUGAUGGGUCCUGGUGAGUCUAGGCCACUGCAGGUUGUGUUCCAACCUUCCUCCCUCGGUGAAGUGGCCUGUGACAUAGUUGCCACAUCACUCCAGGCUGGGGAAUAUGUAUUCCAAGUGAUAGGAGUGGUGAGCUAUCCAGAACCGACGGGACCGUAUAUACUAAAACCAGGUUCAUCCAGAGUUGUCUCCUUCAAAAACGUUUUCAGGGUAGACAAGACCUUUGUACUGUCUAUUGAUAAUCAAGCCUUUUCUGUGAAAGAAAAGAGAAUUGUCUUGAAACCGAGUGAGGUAGCUGAUAUUGAGAUAAAAAUGCUGCAGAUUGGUGAAAAGGAAUUCCCCCUUUACCCAGUUACAGGAAAAAUGUCUGUGUUUUCUGAAGACAACUCUCUUGCACACAUCAAAUGGGUGUUUUACCUCCAUGGAGAAUUGAUUUAAAAUGUUGUUAACAAAACAACAUGUAGGUAAAAUGUGAAGUUGGAUGAAGAGU